CUUAAAUAGAGUUCCAAUGACUUGUUUAUUGAUCCACCAACCAGGAGCCUCCAUUUUUACUCCUCUGGCCGCCGACGACUCCCCAGACGGUAAUAAGCCAGUUGGACAACGCCACGUGUAAACCCAACUGACGACGAUCGUUCACACGUCACAUCCAUCUCGUUCCUCAAUUCAGCCGGCCACAAAAUCAAACGCCAAACCAUUCCUCUGCCUUCUAAUUCUCCUCCUCCUCCAUCCUCCGCCGCCGGUUUCGCCAUUGAUGUAGCCUCGAUCGAGUCGCCUCUUACAGCACUCUAGUUCGUCUCUCUCUGCAGUCCGGAAAUUUGUCGUAAACAUCUCCCUUACUUCCUUGCCAGCGGGGGACAUGGCGGCCUCAUCGGAGAUCAGCGACGGGGACAACGCGGUGGAGCUAAUCGUCUGCGAUGUCCCGGCAUUCUCUUCUGCCGGCUCUAAUGGUGACGCAGCUAGCGAUGCUGCCGACUCUUUGUCGGAGGAAAUUGCUCCUCUGUUGAAGCAGCCGGCGGAGAAACCCAAGAUCAAUAUCUUCUCCGUCUCUUACUCCCGCCGAAAAGCUAGGGAUCAUGUUAUCAAAGUACCUGAAUCCGAGGCUCAAGUAUCACAACUGAUUUUGUGGCUGUGGGGUGGAUCCAGAUACUCGGGUAUGCUGUGCGUGGCUUUAUCGUCGUCCAUCUACUUUUCUAUGGAGGUUGUUUCUGAUGUCUUUGCUGCUCAGUCGAUUCCUUUAUUCGAGACUGCAUUUGCAAGGUGUACAAUACUCUUGGUCUUGUCAUAUUUGUGGUUGAGGAGAACUGGACAACCUAUAUUUGGACCACCACUUGCCAGGAAACUCUUGAUUUUAAGAGCCCUGAUGGGGUAUUUGUCACUAUUGAGCUUUAUCUACUGUGUUCAACGAUUGCCUCUACCACAAGCUAUCGUGUUAAGUUUCACAACUCCCAUAAUGGCUUCCAUUGCAGCAAGAAUUGCAUUUCUUGAGAAGUUGAAAAUUGCUGACAUUGCAGGUCUUGCUUGCAACUUCUUUGGAGUGCUCUUUAUUUUCAGACAGAGCUUCACUGCACAAGGUCUAGCAGGUGAGCUAGUUAAAGCCGGGUCAGCUAACGCUGCCAACUUGAAGGGAAUGCAUUAUGUAUAUGCAAUAUUAGCUGGUCUAUUUUCAUCUGUUACUGGUGGAAUCAGCUACUGCCUCAUAAAAGCAGGAUCGAAGGCCUGUGAUCAGCCAGUGACCACCGUGUUUUCAUUUGGAAUUCUGGCCUCCCCUGCUGCCCUAGUCUGUAUGUUCAUUUUCGAGGAAUUUGUGUUGCCAGAGCUGCGUUCCCUCUUCCUUAUGCUUCUUCUUGGCGGUCUCGCCUUCUUAGCUGAGGUGUUCUUGGCCCGCGGCCUACAGCUCGAGCAAACAAGCAAAGCUGCAAACUUUCAAUACGUUGAGGCUGCAUUCACAGAGCUAUGGGGGAUUGCUUCGUCGACGAUAGUUCCCUCUUUCGGUGGACUCAUUGGGUGUUUACUCAUCUUAGCUUCAGUUGGAUGUACCAUAUACAUUGGCCCCGAUAAAGACAUAGAAUGAACCAUGACAGAUGAUGAAAAUUGCAGAGAAACUUCAACAGUUAGUUUUUUGUUCGUCCUGAAAUUCCUUCUGCACCCAAUUUGUGGCGGUCAUUAGUUUCGAUUUACAAGUUUUAAGGUUUUAUUUCAUUCUCAUUUUUUCUGUGUCUUGAUAGUUAAGAGGUCUGGGAAUACAAGUAUACUGCCUAGGACUGUAAGUCCAGGUAAAAUGAAUGAAUAGUCGGCCAUUCCUUGUUUUCUUUCCGCCCAAGCCAAAGGUCGUCUGAGAGCUGUUUGGAUAGAGCCAUAGAGGCGUAAAUGUAGGGGGGCGUAAUUUCCAAGGGGUAAAUGCCCUUCCCGAUAAGUUUGCGCCUGUUUAGCAAACUUUUAUCUAGUAGAGGGCGGACGAUUGGGUCCGGAUACUAUAACAACGGAAGGUGAGCUGUCAGGUGGGAAGAGCUUCCUUUCUUCGUCGGCCCAGUGGAUUUGGGGAGGAGGAGAAGGCGGCUAUGAGAGGUUCAUUCGUAACUACUAUUGUCGUCGGCCGGUCGUUCGAUCAAUUUGUGUGGUUUCCGGUGGGUGCGAAUGUUGCAGAUCUCUUUUCUACAAUGUUGUUGGGUUUGUUGUCUUUAGAGAAAGAGAGGUUGAUAGCUAGAUUUACUAAUGGUUUAUUGGCAAUUUGUCAUCAUUAGCUAGAUUUACUAAUGAUUUACUAAUGGUUGGAGCAAUACUAAUAAUACCUAAAAAUGUCAAGUAGAAGGAGUCUUAGAUUUCUUUGUUAUUUUUAUUUUAUUUCAAGCACACCAAAAACCUAAAAACACACCAAAACCCUUGUAAUGUAAACCAUAAAUCUCCUGAAACAUAUCAGAAACACCAUAAAACACACCAUAAAUGUUUCUAAAGCACACCAGAAACCUCAUAAUGCAGACUACAAAUCGCCUAAAACAUACUAGAAACACCACAAACCAAACCAUAAGUCUUUCAUAAGCACACCAGAAACCUUCUAAUGCAGACCACAAACGUUAUAAAAAAACCACAAAAAAGCAAACUAAAAACCUCCUAAUGCAUACCACAAAUCCCCUAAAACAAACCAGAAACCCCACAAUGCAAACCACAACAUUUGCGAAAGCACACCAGAAACCUCCUAAUGCAAACCACAAACACGGUAAAGCAAACCACAAAAACAAACCAAAAACGUCCUGAUGCAUACCACAAAUCUAUUAAAACAAACCAGAAACCCUGCAAAGCAAACCACAAAAAAUUUUAAAGCACGCCAGAAACUUCUUAAUGCAAACCAGUAGCACGAUAAAGCAAACCACAAAUAGCAUAAAAAAACACGAGAAACCAAACCAUCAAUCUCACAAUGCAAACCAUUAUAUUCGGUGGUCGUUGACCAUUGACCAAACUCCGAUGACCGUCAGUGAGUAGAUUCCGGUGCCGAUAUGCAUAUUCCGGCCCCGAUGACUAGAUUCUGAUGUCGGUAAGCAUAUUCCGACCACGGUGAGCAUAUUCCGAUGACAAAAUAGCAUAUUCCGGUGACCGGCGACCAGAUUCCAAUGACCGGUGGCCAAAUUCCGGCGACCAAAAUUUUGGGCAAAAAAUAAAAAAAUAUUUUCUAUAUUUUUAUAUUUUUAUUAUUUAAAUAUAUUUUCAUAAUGAGAAUUAUACCCCUGUUUUGAUUUUACACUAGGUCAACUAAGCUAAUAAAAAGUCAUCACAACUCUAGCUUCCUGUUGGUUGGAGACUAUUGUUGUUACAAUAACAACAAAAGGAGUGUUGUUAUAGUAUCUAGUCCCCGGACGAUUGGAAGAGCAAUUCUACUAUUCUAGUGUGCCCCGCAAAUUGGGGCGGAAGUGGAGAGAGAAAAGACGGAACGAUUUCUCCUUUUUAUCCUGAAUAUUUUAGUAUCUUUUUCCUUCGUCAAAUCUGCCUUCGAUGAAUUCGUCUCCGCUGGUGUGAGAAAGAAGCCCACACCGCCGCCGGUAACACCUUAAAAAAUAGAAUCCAUAAGCUAGAAUCAAGAAAAGCAGUCAAUAGAUACCAAAAAUCAAAGAAUUAACCCAAACAACAUGCAUGCCCAAAACUUACCAUAUCUAGAAUUCAUAUCCCCUCUCUCCUCUCGUCGGAGGCUUUUGGAUCUCUCGGCCUCCUCAUCGUCGCUUUCCGAUCUCCCCCUGAGAAAUAUCGACGGAGCUGUGGGAAGAUCGAUGGCUGCGGCCGGAGAACUUGAGGGAUUGGACUCGCAAGAUAGAGAGAGGGUCGGAGAAAUUGGAGAAUAAAGACUAAAAAGACCUGCCACAGUCACAGAAGAAACAAGCUUAGCUAGUCCUGCUGAACUUGAUGUGGGAAGCUAAUUCCCAUCACAUCCUCUCUAAUGAUUCUUGGCAGGUCCGGUGGUGGUUCUUCUAGCUCAUACGUACCAAAAAAGGAUAGACGAGACUGUGCUUCGAGAGCCUGUCCGCGACUCUAUUCCCUUGACGGUACGUAUGAACUAAACGAACAAUCCACUCUUGAGCAAUAAGUCUGCGAAUAGCUCCAACAAUUGUAGCAUAAUGUUGAGCCUGAUCAUUUUGCUUUUCAAUCACAUGCAAAGCAAGUCUUGAGUCAGCUUCAAGGACGAGGAAUUGAAUUCCCUUUUUCCAAGCCAAGAGGAGACCCUGAUAAAUUCCCCACAACUCUGCCAUAAGAGUUAUACCUGUUCCAAGCUUGCUGCAAAAACCACUGACCCAAUCAUCAUAGUUGUUUCGAAUAGCUCCACCUGCUGUAGCAAGCCCCAAAUUCCUCUGAGCAGCCCCAUUUGUGUUUAAUUUCCACCAACCGGCAGACAGAGUCGUCCACCCUAUAAGAGCUUCACUUCUUGUAGUAGUCGCGAUGAGAUUGUCUUUCACUUUGUUGUCUCCCAAGCUUUAGCCCAAUCUCGGGCCUUACAAAUGACAUAGUUGUGAAGAGUAGAAGGAGAUAGCUUUUUCCUUUAAAAAUGUUGUCAUUACUGUAUUUCCAGAUGUACCAUGAGAUUAGGCUAAAAAAACUUGCCCAAUUACCUGGCCAGUUGCCGUGAGAUUCAUCAGACAGGUUGUCCUGAAGUCAAGUAUUGUAAUCAUUAUGAAAGAACUGAAGUUGACGUUGAAGAGGUAUGAUCCUGCUCUAAACAACCUUUGCUUGAUACAGUCACAUAAGACAUGUUGGUUUGUUUUCGGGACGUUGUCGCAGUAAGGGUCUUCAGUUAAAUGUAUGUACUUUCUAACGUUGCUGGUCGUUAGCUUGCUUUAAAACACAUUAAAUAACUCGAAUUAUUAGGAUCAACUAGAUUUUGACACUACAUAAAAGCCUUCGAUGGUCGAAGGGCCUUGUGUUCAUAUUUCGACAACCCACAUUUAUUGAACACAUGGUAUUCAUACAUGUGCAAACUCCAAACUAGAGAGUCAUAAGCCUUGUGAUGCCAUUGCUAGAGUCUUGCUCGAUGCUUCUAUCCUCCUUUCGACUAAAAACAAUUAUAAGUCGUUAUUUCAUUCAUUAUUCUAGUGUAAUUCUCAAUAGGUGCGUGGGCAAAACAAGAUGAGAAAAAUAAGGGUGAGCGAAAAAGGAUAAGAAAAUAAUGCAGAAGGAACAUCAUAUAUUUAUAUUAUUAUCAUUUUCACUUGAUAGUAGAGGUGGCAAAUGAAUUGACUUCAUGGAUUGGUGGACUGGAUUAGUGUAUCCAUGGACCAAAUGAAUGGUGGAUUGGAUCAUUAACCCAACUAACAUCUAACAUUGAAUUAAUAUGUAAAUUUUAAAAAGUUUAAGUACUAAAAUGUCAUAAUAAUAAAAAUUUGAUACUUAAAAGAAAAUUUCCAAUAAUUUUGUACUUAAAAAAAUAAUUGUAGAUAUCAUACUGUUAAGUAUAGAAAUUAUAGGUACUAAAAUAUAGUUUGCCAACAAUUCAUGAAUCCAAUGCAUGAAUCACCAAUCCAAUUUGAAUUGGAUUAAAAUAAAUUAAAUUAGUUGUAUAUUUAACUAGAUAAAUUGGAUCUGAUUGAUAUUUCAUUCAAAAUUGAUAUAUCUACUUGGUAUCAUUAAAAAAUAUGAUCCUCCUACCCGCAUUUUUCCUAAUCACGUAGACCCGCAGUAAAGUCGCGGUAAAUUUCUAGUUUCAUAUAAACACGAUUAAUGGUUCUUUUUGACCCAGCGCGAACACUCCUUCUGGGUAAAGGGGUUCAGUUUUCUCAAAUGGAUGAUUCUGUUGUGGUGGAAUUGCUUGUGCUCAGGGAAGCUAUUAUUUGGUGUGUGGAGCUAGGCUUGUCGGAGGUCUGGUUUUAGGGCGAUGCGAAGGUGAUUAUUGACAAAAUUAAUCAAGCCGACACAAGAGAUAGCCGGUUGGGUGCUGUUCUGGAAGAGAUUGGCCAUCAUUUUCGUACUCAGCCUGGCUUUAGUGUGCGUUUUGUAGGUCGGAAGAACAAUAGGGUAGCUCAUUUGGUAGCUAGGAAAGCCCUUUCUCUGUAUCCGACUAUGAGUCGCUUCUUUAAUUUCCAGGCCUGACUAGUUUCCAGGGUGUAACUAUCUAUUUUUUAAUCAAUACAUGAUAUCUUUUGACAAAAAUAAAAAGACUAACCCUGAUACCAUUUGGUACUAAUGAACCGAUAUGGAGAAAUAAAACCUUGAGAUUGACAAAUAAGUACCUGUUGCCUGUUGGUGAUAGUUUACUGGCUUCCAAAAACUCUAGUCACCAACAAAACCAUACGCAAAAAAUCAGCAUUGAAGCAACGUGUGGCCAUUCAGAAUCAGAAGAAAGAGACGACACAAGCGGUGAGAAAAUUAGCAGGCUGAAAAUCUUAAGUGAAAAUUUCCCUUUGAAUUCCACAAUUGAAGUUCCGUAUACGAAGACAAUCCAUAAAUGUAAACCAAUAAGUUAACAAGAUUGUU